ACCAUUCGCAAGAAAUAAUAGAGCUUCAAUGAACAAGUCAUAUGAGGCCUCCGUGCCAGAUACUGACAUAUCAUUUGUGAGCAAUGGAAGGCCAAGUGUGGAUCGCAUGUUUCCUUCUCUUCAUGACAAUCUAGAUUUUGGAAUGACUCCUCGACUUUCAAGCAGCUCAGACUUUGACAUUAGAAGCUUUGGAACAUCCUUAUCAGGAAACAAGUCAAUUCAUGUCAUGUCCCCACAGUUUGAAAACUCAAGCUCACACUCAUCGGGCUCACAUGAAAGUGGGGCAGCAUGGGGAUCACAGAACAUGGAUGAAGUAGAAGCUGAGAUGAGGAGGCUAAGGCUAGAGCUCAAGCAAACGAUGGAUAUGUACAAUACGGCCUGCAAGGAAGCCCUCACGGCACAGAAGAAGGCCUUGGAACUUCACCGCUGGAAAGUGGAAGAAGAACAUAAAUUAGAAGAGGCACGAAUGGCCGAGGAAGCAGCUUUGGCAGCUGCAGAGAAGGAGAAAGCUAAGUGUAAUGCAGCCCUUGAGGCAGCUGAAGCAGCAAAGAGGAUUGCGGCACUGGAAGCAAAAAGAAGAAUGAAUGCAGAAAUGAAAGCCCAGGAAGAAGCUGAAGAGAGAAAGCACGCACUACCUACUUUCGUGCAAGGUGAUCUCAGGUACAGAAGAUACAUGAUCGAGGAGAUCGAAGUAGCAACAGAUCACUUCGCGGAAUCUCGCAAGAUUGGGGAAGGAGGUUAUGGGCCAGUAUACAUGUGUGAACUGGAUCACACACCAGUAGCAGUAAAAGUUCUACGUCCUGAUGCAGCUCAUGGACGGUCGCAGUUUCAGCAAGAGAUUGAAGUAUUAAGCUGCAUACGGCAUCCAAACAUGGUUCUCCUCCUUGGAGCUUGCCCGGACUUUGGUUGCCUUGUCUAUGAGUACAUGGCUAAUGGGAGCUUAGAAGACCGUCUCUUUCAACGAGGUAACACACAUGUUCUUCCAUGGCAACUAAGAUUCCGGAUCGCUGCAGAGAUUGGCACUGGCCUCCUUUUCCUUCACCAAACUAAGCCUGAACCACUUGUACACCGUGAUCUAAAACCAGCCAACAUUUUGCUUGACCGGAACUAUGUCAGCAAGAUUAGUGACGUUGGUUUGGCCAGGCUUGUCCCUCCAUCAGUAGCCAACGAUGUAACUCAGUAUCGCAUGACAUCAACGGCAGGAACUUUCUGUUAUAUUGACCCAGAGUAUCAGCAAACAGGCAUGCUUGGAAUAAAAUCUGAUAUAUACUCACUUGGAGUACUGCUGCUACAGAUAAUAACAGCAAAGCCACCAAUGGGUUUGACUCACCAUGUUGAACGGGCUAUUGAGAGGGGUAGUUUCAAUGAGAUGCUUGACCCUGCUGUUCCAGACUGGCCCGUUGAAGAGGCACUCAAGUUGGCCAAGCUAGCUCUUCAAUGUGCAGAAAUGAGGAGAAAAGACAGACCAGACCUUGGGAAUGUUGUGUUACCUGAGCUGAACAGACUAAGAGCACUCGCUGAAGACAACAUGCUUGGCAUCGUCUUGUGCAAUAGUGGAGGAACCUCACCAAGAAAAAACCCACAUUCCAUAAUACACGUAAGUUGAUCUCACAAGCAUGGACUAAUCUUUAUGUUUUUUAAGGACAAUGUUUUACUAUUUGUAUAGAACACGCUCCUUAUG